CGGUUGACAUUUAGCGGGAAUCACGUGAUUCACAAACAGAUUGAGAUACAACUUGUGUCCGUGUUGACCUCGAACGGCUGUGUGAAUGGGUGCCGUGAGGUUUUGAUACAAGUACAACAAAUGUAUUUUUUUAUCAAUCAAUUGGUGAUCGUGUUGUUUGACAGUUAAUGUUGACAAGCCAACGAAGAGUUGACGCAGUCUUUCAAGAUUAGUUGACACUUCCACGUUUUAGAGAUAAUUAACUUUUUCCCUAUGAAGGGAAGCGAUUUAAAGUAAAAUAGGCUAUGGCUUCCAACAUGGCAGCCAUUAUUUUUCGUCGUGUCAAUUUUUGCGGAAACAACGCAUUGAAAGAGUGUCUUUAAAACAUCGUGUUUUAUCUUUUCAUGGUGUGAAUUUCUGAAGCGAGAUGACAUGUUCGUGUGCUUGUAAUGUAGAGAUGUGCACUUGUUUUACAGUGUUCCAUUUCUGACCAUCUGUUGCAACUUGUUUACAAAAUGUGCACAGUUUGCAAAGCCUGCAUUGUCCGAUACCUGGAGUCGAAUAAGUAUUGCCCAAUAUGUGAUGUUCAAGUGCACAAAACAAAACCACUUCAAAAUAUCCGUGCUGACAAAACCUUGCAAAAUAUGGUUUAUAAACUGGUUCCAGGCUUGUACCAAAAUGAAAUGCAUCGUAGACGUGACUUCUAUGCUAAACAUCUUGAAGCAAUUCCUACAAGUAAUGAAGAUGGAGGAGAAGUCAGUGAGAAUUCAGAUAUAUAUACACCUGAUGAAUCAUUCAGUUUAUCAUUACAGUACCUAAAUACUGAAGAAGAUGACUUUUCUGGGGAGUAUUCAAAUAGACGCUUCCUGAGAUGUCCAGCUGCUGUCACAGUAUGUCACCUGCAGAAACUGAUACGUGCAAAGUUCGGUCUUUCAAUAGAGCACAGAGUUGAUGUUCUGUGCAUGGGGGAAACUCUUCAAGAAAAUUUAACUCUCAUGGAUAUUGCAUAUAUAUACAGAUGGAAAAGGGUGAAAAUUGUUACUGGAAGUUUUGAUGGGAGUGUGCAACAAUACAUUGGUUUACAACGAUCCAAAGCAAAGAUGGUGGAAACAACAAUGAUCGUAGGAGACGUGGCAGGACAGGAUUGGCUCAAGUGGGGCAGUAUAAAAUGGGAUGGCAUGAAAGGGCCACUUCAUUUAAAUUAUUGCAUUUUUGAGAGUCGUGUCAAGAGACUGAAGUUGGAACAUAACAGCAUCACAAAUAACCAAACUUCUGAAGAAAUGGAGUGUUCCAAUCCAUCUAAAACCUUUGAUUUGGAUAUCAUAGAUAAUUUUCAGAUCGUCUUGAACACCCACGAGUUAGAUAAAAUGAAGUGUAAUGCAUUGAAAAGUUAUGAUCAAGUUUCUCAAGAUGAAAAUAAAAAUAAAUGGAAAGAAGUUCAAAUUCAAAUUAGUGAGAAUGGCAUCAUGAGUGUUACAGAUAUUUCUGUGGAACAGAAUAAUAACAAUAGUGAAAUACCUCAUGAUUUUCAAAUGCCGGUUGUGAAUGAUGUACAAAAUAAAGUUUGUGAUGCACAUAAAACUACAAAUCCUUCCUCAGUAUUAUCUCCUAGCAAAGGAGAGAAGGACAGAGUUGAAUCUGAUCAGGGUAGAGCUUCUGUGAAGGAGGAAAUGGUAAGUUCUGCUUGCCCAGAAGACCAUGGCAAGGAUGCUUCCGCAAGCUGGACAACUACACCAACUCAGCAUCAAGAUAUGCCGUUUACAGGCUGUGUUAAGAAGGGAAUUGAAACUAUUGUGCCUGUUCGGAGUGAGCUUUCAUCUUCAUUACCCUUGCCAUCUGCAUUAUUGCCUCUGUCAUCAGCUGUGCCUACUGCAAGUGAUGCAAAAAUGCUCUCCAAAGCUGAAGAAACUUCUUUGCUUGCACCAAAGAAUGAAAAUAGUUUGACAACAGACCCAAUUAAUAGCAAAGACAAAGAUUCACAUAAAAGUACUGAAAAACGUGCAUUUUGUACAGUUAAUGAAUCCGUGUCUGUAAAGACUAUGCGCCCAGAUUUCAAAGCAAAUAUGAAGAGGAAUAUUUCUUCCAGAGAUGAGUUAAAACCAAGUACUCCAUCUACAAAUAAUGGGUCAAGUUUUAGUAAUAUUAAUGCAAAAAAACCACAUGCUGUUUGUGCACCAGUAGGUUACAAGACUUUGAAAACACCUCCCAAAAGUUGGAAUCCAAGCAUUUCCCAUUGCAAUAUUCAAUCUGCAAAAGCAAAUCCUUUGUUAUGUGGUUCAGAGGGAAGUGCUAUAUAUGCAAAAAGCAAUUCUGGGAAUGGAAAAAGUGGUAUAAAUAUUGCUCAGAGUAAUCCAACUUUUAAGCAUUCUCUUGAGAACCCAGUAUCAAAGCCAGCUCGUAUAUUUAAAACUAGGAAUGUUCCCAGGUAUUUAGGUAAUCCUGCAUCUGGUGUGAAACCCAUGUUCCAAGCUGUCACAAUUGCUAAUACUUCCAGUAAAGUUGAAAACAGUUCAACAUCUACAUUAACAACUUCAUUUCCAAAGUCUUCUAGUUUGACAGUAACAAAAAUUGAUCCUAAAACCUUAUGCCCAAUUACAGUUGGUAGUUCCAAUGUUUCUGUAUAUCCCAGUCCAUUUUUGUCAAAUUCUUCUAAUAUGAGUUCAGUGUCUUCUGCAGUUUGUUCUUCUGCUUUUCCUCAUUCAAUUACAAGUACAAAAAAUCAAGUAUAUUCUCAACUCCAUAAUUCAAUGACCUCAAUUUCAAAAGGAAUUAUCUCAACACAUUCACCAUUUACACAGUCUUCUAAUAAUCUUAUGAAUCCAUCAAAGCCAGUUAUUAGUGUUGGUGGUGUUAUACCAAGAAGUUCUUGUCAAACAAUAAGUACUAAUCCACUUACUCCUAGCAUUUCUAAGAAUGCUCCGCAUCUUUUAUAUGUUUUUUCUGGAAAUGCUAAUAAGAUGGCCACUCCUCUUGCUAGGAGCAAUAUUGCUCCUAGUACUACAAUUGGGGCCUUUCAUCCAUUACCUCCCCCUGUCAACAUGCUCUUCAAUCCACACCUUCAGCAUCAUCGAAUACAAAACCAGUGUGUCAGUACAUCGAGUCAAACACCUACACCAUCUAUUCAGAGGGUGCCAGCUUCCAACUUCCAUCAAAAAUUCAGUAUUGGUAAUCUCAACAGUGGAAUUAGUAACAAAGGUGGUAAUUGUAAUAGUACACCCGAGAGAAUGAAAGAGGAAUGUGAAGGAAAGGAAUCUCUUCAUAAUUAUCCAUCCGGAAUAAGUUGUCAUUUUUCGACAAAUAUGAGUAUGUUUAGAAACAGUUCUGGUAACAAGAGUCCCAUUAGUAGUAACAGAAAUAAUUCAGAAGGCAUCAAGAACUCAGAAUCUGUUUCCGUAAGUUCUAGUGCUGAUUUCACUACUUGUACAACCACUAUUACAAACAGUAACGUCACUUCAAGUACCCUUACCACCCCAACAUCGACCACCACCACUGCUACUGUUUGCACAUCUGCCACUCCUAGUUCACUGAAUAUCACCACCCCUUAUUCUCUUGCGAGUAGUACAGCUGCUAUCAACACAAAAGUAACAACUUUUGUUAAUAGUAUUAAGCCUGGUGGUUCUUUUAAUGGUAUUUCAACCUCUGGCACUAUGCCAAUUUCUGUUCCUGGUUUUACUUCAUCUGCCACCUUAUCUGCUUCUACUCCUCUAACUAUGUCCACUUCUACAAAAUUCAUGACUUCCAAGGCAAAAAGCCAUUCUGCCUUUGACUCUUGUUCCACUACACCAUCUAGUGCCGUAGGUAUCUUAUCAGGCCCUUCUAUUUCAGUUUCAGCUGCUGCUGUUCCUGCAUGUUCUAAGUUAUCAUCUCUUGCCAGUUCUGGUUCUACUUUGAUAGCCUCCAUGGCUCCUGUUCAUAACAUGUCUGCUCACACCUUUUCCACUCAAUGUAAUUCUUCCUCAAAAACUGUGUCUAUUUCUGCUUUCCCCUCCACUUCAUCUAAUGUACCUACAGUAUCUGCAUCUCUUCCUGUUAGUCAUGUAUUACCAGUAACAUUUCCCCCAUAUAAGAACACAAGUAGCUCAUUUCCUGUAGAUGUUCCAUUAGUUACAAAUGUUUCAGGUAAUUGCAUUUCAUCAACAAUUCCUACUGGCUCAUUGGUUCCUAGAACAAUUGCAAUUCCUGCUCCUUCAACAGCCCUCAAAUUGAUUACCUCUAUGACGAGUCCUUUAUCAGCUACAAGUGCUACUGCUAGCACAGUUUUUGCAUCUUCUCCUAAAGGCUGUGCCACAUGCUUUGAUAUUCCUUUUACAGUUUGUUCUACUACUACCACUACUGCUGCUGCUGCUACUAAUACUACUACUACUACUACUACUACUACUACUACUACUACUACUUCUUCUUCAGUUAAAGAUGAUAUUCCUAAUGUGUCAUGUAGUAAUAUGAUGACUACUUCUGCUUCUGCUUCUAAUAGUUCUACUUCAACAGAUGCUAAUUCAAGUACUGUUUCUUCUAAGUUUACUUCUUGUAAUACCUCAAAAACUAUUGUUGCAACUAUAGCUUCUACUACCUCUACGGCCAAUACUGUUGCUGUUUCCACUUCUAUUCCUAUUAUUUCUUUUGUUUCUACUGCUGCUUCAAUUGCUCCUACAUCUACUGAUUCUAUUAUUACAUCUACUUCUGUUACUGCUGGUCUCACCACUAUUACUUCUAUUUCAACAGAUGUAAAAGAAGCAUUAACUACUAAACAACCGGCAACGAUCAUGAGAACAAUACCAAUUACUGUGACAUCUGCAAGUGCAGUAAAAUGCUCUGUUACUGCCGAAAACACUUUGAAUAUUUCCAGUGCAUCUCAGUCUUCUACAAAAAGUGAAUGUAUCAAUAUUCAGAAAUGUGACAGAAAAGAUUAUGGUUGUAGUGCCAUACCAGUUGUGACUUCAAAGGUAUUAUCUGGUACAUCCCUUAGCAUAAUUGCUGCACACUCAAAUUCUGUCAAAUUAAGGGAAUCGGAACAGAAACAAAGCCAUAAGGAUGAGAGAGUAGAUCCUCUACCAGAGAAAAUUUCAUCUCUUCUGGCAAUUCACAACAAUGUACAGAAAGACCAUCUCAAGCACAAUGAAUGCACUGAAAGGUUGUGUUCUCCCAUGGGUGAGAAUUUUGUACAGCUUUCUAAUGAAGAAAUUAGUGUUAAUAACAACGUAUUGAAUCCAUCUGAGACAGGAAAUGUUAGUGGAAAAUCUUGUGAAGAUUUUCCAAUAAUGCAGUGUGAUACUAAAAUGCAGAUAAAUAAAGUUGAUGCAGUUGAACAUGAUGUAAAUAAAACAGCAGACAAUAAAUUAGAUAUGUCUAAAAGAAGUGAAGAUUCAGUAUUGUGUAAGGAUGCAGCAUCAGGCAUUCAGUGUAAUAAUAAUUAUGCUAAUUAUGUAAGUAGUGAAAGUUAUACAUGUGAACGUGUUGCCUUGAACAAUAGAGAGUAUUGUAAAAAGGUUGAUGUGCAUGGAAAAUGUACAGUUAUAGGUUCAGAAACAUUUACAAAAAAUGACAAUAAAGUUAGUACUUCAACCAAAGUUGCUGCUGACAGCAAACCUCAGGCAGCAUCAAAAGCAGAGAAAAAUGUAAAUAUUAGUGACAAUGAACAGAAGUGCAGCAAUACCCUGAAAACAGAGUCCCACAAUGUAUGA